AUGUCCAUCGUCCCUUCAAGUUUUGACAUCACUACGAUGGCCUCCCUCAUCGACCUCUUCCCGUACGACGUCAUUUUGUCAGUAUUCAUGUUUAUGAAUCUCAAAUCUCUGAUUAUCUGCAGAGAAGUCUGCAGGGGCUUCAAAGAUCUAAUUGAUGCAGAUUUGCGACUUCAGUACCAUAUUGCGCUCGACGCAGCUGGCAUGGAAAAUGGCCCUCCAAGUUGGAUGGAUAUCAAGGAGCGCAAGGACCGCCUGCAGAGCUAUGUAUCACGGUGGCAAGGCUUUGUGUGGCAACAGGGGACGUUGCUUCCUCCUCUACCAGGCCCUAUUCUUCAUUGGGUAAUCGACUCUGGCGUAAUAGGUCGCUUUUACGACGCUGGCAACGGUGUUUACGGGAUGCACUUUUCUCGUCUACCUGCGCGUUCUAGGAAUAUCAUUCAGAAGGGGUGGCAGAUCGGAAACAUCGGCCAUAAUGCGACAGCCUUCUGCCUGGAUCCGUCGCAGGAUCUUCUUGUUGUUGCGGAGGUGAUUCCCGCCGGGUAG